GAGAGCUCGCGCGCGCUCGGACGUUUCUCGUCUAGCGUCACUCCAUCUGCGGCGUCGCGCGCUGACGGGUUUCUCCUCCUAUCCUGCAUCCGUUUCUGCUGCACGACUUCUCGCCUUGGAAACACACAUCUGCACUCACCUUGUCUUGUCACUCGAAGCGGAAAACAUAGACAGGAUUUUCUGCUGCUGCUGCUUGGAAAAGAGACACCAUGGGGAAACAGAACAGCAAGCUGACCCCUGAGGUGCUGGAUGACCUGGUAAAGAACACAGAGUUUAAUGAGCAUGAGCUAAAGCAAUGGUACAAAGGCUUCCUAAAGGACUGCCCCAGCGGCCGCCUCAACCUCGAGGAGUUCCAGCAGCUAUAUGUGAAGUUUUUCCCCUAUGGUGAUGCAUCAAAGUUUGCCCAACAUGCCUUUCGGACCUUCGACAAAAAUGGAGAUGGUACCAUUGACUUCAGGGAGUUUAUCUGUGCACUGUCCAUUACAUCACGAGGCAGUUUCGAACAGAAACUCAAUUGGGCCUUCAACAUGUAUGACCUGGACGGAGACGGCAAGAUCACACGAGUGGAAAUGCUGGAGAUUAUUGAGGCCAUCUACAAAAUGGUGGGCACUGUGAUCAUGAUGAAGAUGAACGAGGACGGCCUUACCCCUGAGCAGCGGGUCGACAAGAUCUUCAGCAAGAUGGAUAAGAACAACGAUGACCAGAUCACUUUGGACGAGUUCAAAGAGGCAGCAAAGAGCGAUCCAUCCAUCGUAUUACUGCUGCAGUGUGACCUGCAAAAAUAAGAGCGGCGUCCGAGUGAAACGCCAGAGACUGCACCGAAGAUCAAUGUUCCAUUCAGUUUGCAGCUAUUUCCACUGAAAAAUAUUUGCUUGGACUACCUUUCAAUAGAUCUGCUUCCUGUGUAUGAAACACUUGUGUGCAUGAGAAUGUUCUUUGCUAACAAAUUUUAGUCAUGCACGGACAGAAGCACACACUUCCUCACACACACAUACAGUACACGCACAGGUCAAGGUCUCACAAACAAACACGUACACACACACACACACACACACACACACACACACACACACACACACACACACACACACACACAAAUAGAGUUCAAAUAGAUCAAAUAGAUACAUAAAGGUCAAAUAAACUGCCAAUAUGUGAAGUGUGAGAACAUAUUUUCCAUACAGUCUCAUUCACUUGGAAUUUGAGCAUCAUUGAUGUGCUGUACUGAAUUAAGCGACUAUUUAUUGUACAACAUUACUGAUGCUAGCUAAGUGUAUCAUAAUACUGUUUAAUGUCAAACAAAUCAAAUCCAUUGGUAACAGUAACUAUGUCCGAUUUUUCAUUCACAUAUUGUCUGAGCAGAUUUACAUUUACAUUCAUACCGAAAAGUAAAACUUUGGUUCUUUAUAACUGAAAUAUUAGGAAGGCCUGUUAACUAUGAUAUGCAAAGUCUGUGAUGAUACAAGGAAUGUGUUUUUUUUUGUAAUUUAUUCAUCAAUUUGAACUUGGUUUUGGCACCCAUGGACUCUCAGAUAAUUUUUGGCUCCCUGUGCAGUAUUUGUUCACUGUGUAACAGCUGGACAUGGCUGAAAAAUAAUACAGAUUAAAGAUUUUAUUAUAAAGUUAUGAAGUGUGCGCACAAAAUAGUUGUCCUAUGUAUACUGUGUAUACAUAACACAUGUAUACGCUGCUGGUCCAAAAAGAAAUAAUUGCAUCAAUAACACUACUUAUGAAAAAAACUUCAGUUACUCUUUGUGCAAUAUGUUUCUACUUUAAGUAAUUGGAAUGCCCUAAAACAGGAUAUUGUGCCGUAUACACUGCAUAUCACUUUGCAGAUGUUUCAAACAUGCUGCUCUGUUAAAGAGAUCUUCAGAUGUUGUUUCAAUCACAUUCAAUUUGACAAGAAAUAUGAAAGACAAUUACAGUUAAAAGGUACAUUUUGCUCAAAAUAUGGUAUUUAUUUUCUACCGAAAAGAUUUUAAAUGUUUAUUUUUUAUUCUUGCCUAUAACAGACAAAGUAAUGAGGCUUUAGAAAAAUGUAGUUCUAAAAAAAAAAACCCAAAUUCACAAAUAAAUUGUCAGUGACAAGUUCAGAAACUUUUCCUAGUCUGCAUUGUUUAUUCAGCUCAGACUGUCAAACUCAAGUUUAAUUUCAUGUGAACAUGUCUGCCAGUAAUGAAAGCUUUACACACACUGUUUUACCUAACUGUUUACUCGCUUACCUGCCACCAAAUUUGUGCAAUGGCAACUGUUUUCAUUUUGGAGAUUAUUUUGUAUAUGUUGCAUGUAUAUGUGCCCCUGAUGCCAUGGCUGCACUACUCCCUGUGUUGUGAUUUAAACUAAUAAAACAGUAUAUGGGCCUUUUUUCCCCUCAA